AUUUUUGAAAAAAGUUUUGAUUUCAAUUUUGAUGCAACAGCAACACCUAUUCAGGAAAGUCCACUCAGCACUGCACUUGUUUUGCUACGCCUCUUCGAUACAAACGAGAAACGGCCAUUCCAUCUUUCUCUCCAAAAUAUAAGCGGCGAUUUCCCCAAACACAACUUCACACGGAAACCAUCGCCCUCGCCCUCAUUUUAUAAUAAUCCUCAUUUUGGUCUGCAAAAUUAUAUUUACCUGUUGAUUCCAUUUGUUUGGUUCUUCCUGUUCCCUAUCAAAAUAAUCAAAUUUGAUUUGAGUUUUCCAACAAUCAAUGGCUCAAGUGGUUGCUUCCAAGUUGACUCAUACUUCAUUUGCGUGCCCUAGCUCUUCCGGUUCUCUUAGCAAUCAGAUUGAAAAGAUCAAGCCUAGUGGUUUCGCUUCCAAACUUCUGAUUGGUAACAAUGAUCGGAUUAGUCAGAACCACCACCGUGUUCUUAGCGUCACCGCAAGGAGACAGGAGGUUGAAGUUGUUCCGGUUACGCCUGAAGACGUAACCAAGAUAGAUAGGAAUCAUCAAUCACCGGAAGUUUUACAGCAAGGUGAUUCAUCGGUAGGUAUAUGGUCCAGACCAUUGGUGAAACGCAAGACAAAAAUUGUUUGCACAAUAGGUCCAUCCACAGACACCAAGGAAAUGAUAUGGAAGCUGGCUGAGGCUGGGAUGAAUGUAGCAAGACUGAACAUGUCCCAUGGAGACCAUGCAUCUCAUCAGAAAGUUAUCGACUUGGUUAAAGAAUACAAUGCUCAAUCCAAGGAUAAUGUUAUUGCCAUUAUGCUCGACACAAAGGGGCCUGAAGUCAGGAGUGGGGACUUGCCACAGCCUGUUAACUUAGUAAAUGGUGAAGAAUUCACUUUCACCAUAAAAAGGGGUGUUGGGACAGCAGACUGUGUUAGUGUUAACUAUGAUGAUUUUGUGAAUGAUGUUGAAGCUGGUGACAUGCUUUUGGUUGAUGGUGGUAUGAUGUCCUUGUUGGUUAAGUCCAAAACUGAAGAUUCAGUCAAAUGUGAAGUUGUGGAUGGUGGUGAACUCAAAUCCAGACGCCACUUAAAUGUUCGAGGAAAAAGUGCAACUCUUCCAUCCAUUACUGAAAAGGACUGGGAUGAUAUCAAAUUUGGAGUGGACAAUCAAGUUGAUUUCUAUGCAGUCUCCUUUGUUAAAGAUGCAGAAGUCAUCAUUGAGUUGAAGAAUUACCUCAAAAGCUGUAAUGCAGAUAUCCAAGUAAUUCCAAAAAUAGAAAGUGCAGACUCUAUACCAAACUUACAAUCAAUCAUCACAGCAUCAGAUGGGGCAAUGGUUGCAAGAGGAGAUCUUGGAGCAGAGUUGCCUAUUGAAGAGGUUCCAUUGUUGCAGGAAGAGAUAAUCAGGACAUGUCGUAGCAUGGGAAAAGCUGUGAUAGUUGCAACAAAUAUGCUUGAAAGCAUGAUAGUUCAUCCCACACCAACAAGAGCUGAGGUCUCAGACAUUGCUAUUGCUGUUAGAGAGGGUGCUGAUGCAGUUAUGCUAUCCGGAGAAACAGCUCAUGGGAAGUUUCCCUUAAAAGCCGUUAAAGUAAUGCACACGGUGUCGUUGAGAACUGAAGCCAGCAUAGCCGGUGGUGUCACACCCUCUAAUCUUGGUCAAGCCUUUAAGAACCAUAUGAGUGAAAUGUUUGCAUUCCAUGCAACAUCAAUGUCCAACACUCUUGGAACAUCAAUUGUGGUGUUCACUAGAACUGGUUUCAUGGCUGUUUUAUUGAGCCAUUAUCGCCCCACUGGCACUAUUUUUGCCUUCACAAAUGAGAAAAGGGUACAACAGAAGUUGGCUUUGUAUCAAGGAGUAUGCCCGAUCUACAUGGAGUUCUCUAAUGAUGCUGAGGAGACAUUUGCAAAUGCUCUUGGUACAUUGAAGAAUCAAGGGAUGAUAAAGGAAGGCGAACAGGUGGCACUUGUUCAGAGUGGGAGGCAGCCCAUCUGGCGGUUCCAAUCCACCCAUAAUAUUCAGAAUGUAUUAGGAUUUAGGAUCAGGAGUCACCAAACCAAACCAUCGGUGGCAGCUGGAGUUGCAGGAGAAACUCAGCAGGAGGAUUUGGUGGCAAUAUAA